ACGAUAUCUUAUCCAUUGUGAUCGCAUUCCUAACAUUCCGGGUCUUUGUACAAACUUGAUGGAAGAAUUACUUCCAGGUCGGGUCGGCCUUUUGGAGGUCUAUCCGCAUGACGGCCUCUCCACGGACGACCAUCACUACCCAGACGACGAUCUCUCUACAACGGAUAUUGAUAUCAUUGCGAUACACGGGCUUGACACCUCAGCCCCGACAACAUGGGAGUACAGGUCUCAAAACGGGCAGACCAUCAACUGGCUCCGUGACAAGGAUAUGCUCCCCGCAGCCGUUCCGCGCGCAUGCGUCAUGCUAUACAAUUGGCCUGCCAAGUUCUAUACCAAUGCUGUAGAUCUAACGCUCCAUGAUCUUGCCGAAGGUCUUUGGUUAGACAUCCAUGGGAGAAGAUGCCAGAGGCGUGAACCAGUACAUCGACCCAUAUUAUUCAUUGCAUCCUGCUUUGGUGGGCUCGUAAUCGCAAAGGCCCUACACUCCGCAGCUUCAAAGACAAGCACCUACUCGUAUUUACGAGAUGCGACGGUGGGGAUUGUAUUUCUGGGAACGCCCUUCAAUGGCACACCAAUGCAGAGACAAGCACAAUGGCUAAUCGCAUAUGGGAACCUCAGACGCGAGGACACUUCCUGUGCUCUCGUCGAGAAUCUUGCUGCAGAGGAAACGAAUACACACCUCAAAGAACUUGUUGAUAACUUUGCCAUAAGCGUCAACUCCGCCAACUUCUCUAUUCCCAUACAUUGCUUCUACGAAACCCAAAAGACAAAUCUUGCCAAAAAGGCACUCCCUCCAUCAUUGGCGAAAUACAUGCCCUAUAACAGAUUUGUAAGUUAA